CUGCUGCAUACUUCUAGUCCGGUUAGUACGCGCAGUCGUAUCCAGGCUCGCGCAUAAGCACACAGACAGCUGCGUGCGCGCGCGCGUCGACGGGCCGCGCAGGCGCGUGGAGCUUCGAGCCGCCAGCUACCGGGCCAACAUGGAGAGAAAAGUUCUCGCCCUCCAGGCCAGGAAGAAAAGGGGCAAAGCCAAGAAGCCACCUAAGAAGCCAGCUCAUCCAACACGAGGCGCAUCUCAGCAGCAACAGCAGCAGCAGCAGCUCCCUGCGGAACCUCAGCAGCAGGAGCCUGAUGAGGAGAUUCUGGGUUCUGAUGAUGAGGAGCAGGAAGAUCCCAAUGACUACUGCAAAGGUGGCUACCACCAUGUGAAAAUAGGAGAUCUGUAUAAUGGGAAGUAUCAUGUGAUCCGUAAGCUGGGUUGGGGCCAUUUUUCCACAGUGUGGCUUGCCUGGGACAUUCAGGGAAAGCGAUUUGUGGCAAUGAAAGUAGUAAAGAGUGCAGAGCAUUACACAGAGACGGCCCUGGAUGAGAUAAAGCUGCUGAGAUCGGUAAGGAACACUGACCCUAAUGAUCCAAACAGAGAAAUGGUGGUUCAGUUGUUGGAUGACUUCAAAAUCUCUGGGGUUAAUGGAACUCAUGUAUGCAUGGUAUUUGAAGUGUUGGGCCACCAUUUACUCAAGUGGAUUAUCAAGUCUAACUAUCAAGGUUUACCCCUCCUUUGUGUCAAAAGCAUCAUUCGACAGGUUUUGCAGGGCCUCGAUUACUUGCAUACAAAGUGUAAGAUUAUCCACACGGACAUAAAACCAGAGAACAUACUGAUGAGUGUGGAUGAGUCAUAUGUGAGGAGACUUGCAGCUGAAGCCACAGAGUGGCAGAAAGCUGGUGCCCCACCUCCCUCUGGAUCAGCAGUGAGUACAGCACCUGUACCUAAACAAGCAUCCAAAAUGUCAAAGAACAAAAAGAAGAAGCUGAAAAAGAAGCAGAAGCGACAGGCAGAGCUGCUCGAGAAAUGCAUUCAGGACCUAGAAGAAAUGGAGAAUGGGCCUGAGGGUGCAGAAGAGGAGGAGGAUGACCCACAAUCUCCCAAAUCACCUGUUUGUGUACCUCUUAGACAAGCCUAUACACAGGACAUUGGUGAAGAGGAAGUCAUGGACCCAGGUAAUUCCAGAGAGCAUGUGACCUCAGUUGCCUCAGAUGAGCUCAACUGUAAUGGCCACCUGCCAGGCAGCCAAGCCUUAUCUGAGAAAGAACUAGAUGAGAUCAAGCAACAAAUGCAGCUGAAACGGGAGGACCAGCACAAUGCUAAUGCAGGACCUUCAAGGGACAUAUCCCAGAGCCCUUAUGAGUACUGUAAUGGGCUGUAUUCUCCUGAAUCUGGUCAGAGCCACAGUAAUGGAGAUGUGGGGGAAGAGGAAGAAGCUGAUAAACUGCAAGGAGGGCCAAUGCCUGCCAGAGACGAGCAGUCCACUCCACAAAAUGCCAAACUGACAGCAGGGAGUCUUUUAAUCAAUCCUUUGGAACCACUAAAUUCAGACAAGAUCAAGGUCAAGAUUGCUGACUUGGGCAAUGCAUGCUGGGUGACCAAGCACUUCACUGAGGACAUUCAGACUAGGCAGUAUCGCUCCCUGGAGGUGCUGAUUGGUGCAGGUUACAGUACACCAGCUGAUCUAUGGAGCACAGCUUGUAUGGCAUUUGAACUGGCAACUGGGGAUUACUUGUUUGAACCCCACUCUGGUGAAGAUUACUCCAGGGAUGAGGACCACAUUGCUUUGAUCAUUGAGCUGCUGGGGAUGAUCCCACGCAAACUUAUAGUUGCAGGAAAAUACUCCAAGGACUUUUUCACCAAGAAAGGUGACCUAAAACACAUCACCAAGCUGAAGCCGUGGGGCCUGUUGGAGGUGCUGCUGGAUAAGUAUGAGUGGUCCCGCGAGGAUGCUGAGACCUUUGCAGACUUCCUGCUCCCCAUGCUUGAACUCAUCCCUGAGAAACGGGUCACAGCGGCCGAAUGCCUGCGCCACCCCUGGCUCGCCCUCUAGUGGCCCAUAUUACCAACCGCAUAUCCAUUUUCCCCCUACUUCCAUAAGAGACUGCAACAUAUCACUUUCCAGUUUGAGUGCUUAUAUGAAUAGUACUUGUACUUUUUUUGUUACUGUGUGGUUUCUUGUAUGUUUCACCUGAGAAAUACGUUGUUUUUCAUGGUGGUUUUAUGUCUUGAGACUUAUUUCCUGAGGCACCGUUUGUCCUCAAACUCUACUUUCCCCCUAAAUUUGCACAACAGUUUUAGGGAACAUCUCUUGUAUUAUUCAAGCUGUGUGCUACAUGCUAAGAGAUUCGAUUUCUGUAUUUUGCUAGGCUUUAACUGAGUAUGGGGUUGUAAAGGGCACAUAUCAUGGGUCAGUUUGUUACAUGUUUCUUAGUUUUGGGAGUAUGCACACCAGAUAUAGAAUGAGGAAACUCUAGGUUUACAUCAAAACAGUAGAAAAUGCAUUUAAAUGAGUUGUAGUUUACUUUAGGAAAUGCCAUACCACUGUGUAAUGUCUCAAAAAGUGUCAUUUUCUUUUUCUUUUUUUUAUGUCGUUUUUGGUCAAAUCUGAAUCUGUUUGGAGGGUUGCUUUCUUGCUUUCAUUGCUUCCAGAAAAUGAGUAGCUGUUCAACAUCACCCAAAAGGUAGUUGUGAAGUGUGUAUGUAUGUAUGUUCGGGUGCAUUUGUCUUGUCAGUGUAUAUAUGUGUACCAAAGAGUUUGCCUUGAUCUGUAUAUUACAGCCAUGUACAGUUUUUAAAAGAAAUCCUACUAUUGAUAACUAAGAUUAUUUAGCUGGACAGUAAUGUUUUAAUAAAAUAUUUGGAAGAUG